AAGCGGAUAAUGUUGUCCCCAACUCCAACCGUGGGUGGAGCUUUGGCGAGCGAGAGCUUUUGUGGGGGGGGUGGGCAAACGAGAGAUCCUCCGUCGCCGCCGCUCGCGUGCCCCCCUGAGAUUUGGGAGAAUUGGGAUGGUGGGUUUGGACAGCAAAUUCGUUUCUUGGUAAUUUGGUGAGGAGGGGAAUAUGCAAGCGCACACCCUAUCCUCCACCGUGGGCACUCGGCGCUACUUGAGUUGUCAUGAUGGAGGAGGAGGAGGAGCAGGAGGAGGAGGCCAUAAGGAUACCCCACUCCUUCAUAUUCUUCGCUUCCCGAGUGCCUUCCUCGGUGAUUCGCUCUCCAUGGCCUCCAUCGGAUAUCCAACAAGAAGAAGAAGAACCGCCACCAACAACACGAAUGCCACCCCACCACCACGACCCUCCUCUUCCAACAGCAAGUCCCUCUCCAAAUCUUCCCCAGUAGCAGCGGCAGCAUCCUCCUCCACCUCCUCGCCCCAAUCAGAUGAUGACCAGGAGGGACAGAGCAAGGGACUCGGUCCCCGGAGGCUAUGGAAGAGAUUCUGGAAGGUGGCCGCUCCCUAUUGGCGGUCCGAGGACAAAACCCAAGCCCGACUUCAGCUGGCCGCUGUUUUCGCACUCACUCUGGGCACCACUGGCAUCAGCGUCGGCUUCAACUUUCUUGGCCGCGACUUCUACAACGCUCUAGCCAACAAGGACGCCGAGCAGUUCACCAAGCAACUCCUCUAUUAUCUCGGCGCUUUCGCUUUUGGCAUUCCGUUCUUUGUGCUAAGAGAUUAUGCAAGAGAAACUCUCUCUCUUAGAUGGAGAUCUUGGAUGACCAAAUACUACAUGGAGCGCUAUCUGAAGGACAGAACCUUCUACAAAAUCCAAUCCCAGUCAAUCAUUGAUAAUCCAGACCAGCGAAUUGUUGAUGAUCUAAGUUCGUUCACAGGCACAGCCCUUUCUUUCUCUUUGACAUUUUUCAAUGCUGCAGUUGACUUAAUAUCAUUCAGCAAUAUCCUGUAUGGUAUCUAUCCUCCUCUCUUUGUUGUUCUUCUGGUAUAUUCAAUUGGUGGAACAGCCAUCAGUGUGCUUCUCGGGAAGGGUCUGGCGUCUCUAAAUUUCCUGCAAGAGAAGAAAGAAGCCGAUUUCCGUUAUGGGCUUGUACGAGUUCGAGAAAAUGCCGAAUCCAUUGCUUUCUAUGGUGGUGAGGAAAAUGAAUUGCACCUUCUGCUGCAGCGCUUCAGUAGCGCUUUUGAGAAUUUAACUCAAUUGUUGAUAUCAUCUCGUAACCUGGAGUUCUUUACAAGUGGCUACAGAUACCUCAUCCAGAUUCUUCCAGCUGCUGUAGUUGCUCCUAUGUACUUUUCUGGGAAAAUUGAGUUUGGAGUUAUAAAUCAGUCUGUAUCUGCUUUUAAUCAUAUCCUUGGAGAUUUCUCUCUGAUCGUGUACCAAUUUCAAGCUAUUAGUGCGUUUUCAGCUGUCAUUGACCGACUAGGUGAAUUUGAUGAUAUCCUGGAUAGAAGUACUAGUAAAUAUCCUGAUGACUCCACUCAGCACAUACAUCUCAUUUGUUGCAAUGUGUGUCCUGGUUUUGAGGGCAACGGGCCUGUAACUAUGCACAAGUUCCAAAAGUUAUUACACAUUGAAAAUUUGACCCUGCAGACGCCUACUAGUAAAACAACUCUAAUCAAGGAGUUAUCGUUACAGAUCAACUGCAACGACAGUUUGUUGGUAACGGGACCUAGUGGCUGUGGCAAGACUUCAUUUUUAAGAGCUAUAGCUGGCCUAUGGAAUAGCGGGAGUGGAACAAUCACAUUCUAUGUUCAUGAUGUGGAAUUUACCCAGUCACUCAUUUCAAAGGAUGUGACUUCUCUCGAAGUAAACACAGCAAUUUCAAAUCUUAGGGAACUUGAGGAGACACCUAGUCAGAUUCCUAGAGGCGUAUUUUUCCUCCCUCAGAGGCCAUAUAUGAAUCUGGGAACGUUACGUGAACAGUUGCUGUAUCCAACAUGGGUUGAAGGAGCAACUCCUGAUUCAAGUGGCAAUUCAUCAACUGGUAUGCCACAAUUCUUGGUACAGACACCGAUUUCAGGAGAUGGGAGUAAAAGGUCUAGGAUGCCCUCAACUGAUGAUCUGGUAAAGGUUUUGGAAGAUGUUCGUCUGGAUUAUUUGUUAGCUCGUUUUAACAGUCUGGACUUAACAUAUGAAUGGUCAAGUGUUCUUUCCCUUGGCGAGCAGCAACGCCUUGCUUUUGCUCGUCUAUUGCUUUCAAAACCAAAGUUGGCUUUACUGGAUGAGUCAACGAGUGCCUUGGAUGAGGACAAUGAGGCUCAUUUGUACCAGCUUAUUAAAGCUGCUGGCAUCACAUAUGUGAGCAUUGGUCAUCGGCAAACCCUAUUCAACCACCAUAAUGCGGUUCUGCAUAUAUCAAAGAUGGAUGCUGAUAGUACUCUUUGCAACUGGCGCUUAGGAUCCAUUGAUGAAAACUCUCCGUCUCAUUUGUCAAAGCUACAAUAGUAGCUCUACCAAGUCUAGAAUGUCGAAAGGUGCCUUCUUUUCUUGAAGAUUGUUAUUUCAGAGGAGAAAAAAUCAAGAUGGAAAUCAUGCUUCAUUUUCUUCAGGUAUGCACCAUAUAUUUUUGGGCAACGAGCAAAGUACUGUUGAUGGGAUUUAUUUUAACACUCGGACGUCCUUACCUGGAUUGACUGACUGAUAAGCACAGAUAUCUUGCAUGCUUCUUUACAACUAAAGAAGUUCCCUCUGACCGAGAUUCCCAGGUGGAAAUUUGACUGGACAAAUGCAAUAUCCAAUAUCGUGUCACUCCUUCGAAGCAAUUGUCUCUUACCAUUCAUUGCCCCUAUUGAGACCCAUGCAGCAUUCUGCUGUACAUGUGCAGGGACAUCUGCUUGCCUGCGUGUGAGCACAAGGCAAUUCGUGCAUUAUAAGAUGUGCAUGAUUGGAAAUUUGUGUUAAAGGGGCAAGGACUUCUACUACAGCUUUUAGCCAUUUCAAUUUGCACAAUGAAGGCCUUAUCAAUGAGGAUCAGGUGGUCAGCCAUAUGUAUUAAAUGGCACUGGAAUUGCUAAAUGUAGUAGCCAUUUAGAUUAGCUCUUUGCAAGUAGGGCCUUACCGAUGGAGGACUAGUGGAUAGCCAUAUGGAUCAACAAGAUAUGCCGGCUCCAUGGGGCAAGAGUGGAAUUCUGCUGGUUUUGCUUCUUAGCUGCUAUUAUUCUGGUUAUCUGAUUGGGUACCUUACUGAGGUCUUAUUUUGCGCAUUGUAAAGGGGUCGGUGGAAUCGCGUCCAGUGUUGUGUAUCUGACAUUUACUCUGUCAACCAAACUUCUGUUCAUUUCAAAAUUAUUUCUACCAAAGCCAAAUUGCCCCACGCACUUCGUCGACCCCUGUACAGAUGUUUGAAAGGCAUAAUAAAUCAGGUCCACUUUCA